AUGCUGAAUAAGCUUAAUGCUAAUAAGAAGAAUAAGAAGAAAGAUGGACAGAGCACCUUGAAUAUGUUCUUCAAAGUGAAGAAUAAGCCCGCAUUAGAAUCAUCUUCAAGUUUUAAUUCACACUUCACUGAAAAAACUGUUUCUCCUCCAGUGAAAGCAUUGAGAACACAGUCUGUGCUUUCGUCUUUGCAUUCCCAAGGGUCGUUUGAAGAAGAAUCAAAUGAUGAUUUCUACAGUCUGCUACGAGAAAAGAAACCAGUGAAAAACUUUAAGCCAUCAUCUCAAACGUUCCUAUCAUCGUCACAGUUUCAAUGUCAGUCCGGUAGUUCCUUUUCGUCCCAAACUUCAACAGUAUCGGGUUACUUUUCUUCCACAACUGCAACUGCAACUGCAACUGCAACUGCAACUGAAUCUAGUUGGCAAAAACCUAAGCUGGAAAGAACAUUAUCAGGAGUCAAGAGAACGUAUUCUGAUGUAUCAGAUGGUUCACAAAGUUCUUCAUCUUCAAAUGCGUUAUCUCUUUCCUCAGUAAAGCGCGUAAAGCCGAUUCCAAGACAAUCCAUCGUUUCUCAUACCAGUUCCAAGAGCUCCAAAUCUAGCAGCAUUAACGGAAGAAUUGAACUAACUGCAGAGCAGAGGAAAGUAAUAGAAUAUGUGUGCAAAGAUAGAUUGAAUGUGUUCUAUACAGGUAGCGCAGGUACAGGUAAGUCCGUUAUAUUGAGAACCAUGAUCUCGACGCUUAAUGCAAAAUAUGGGAAAGAUGCUGUAGCGGUCACUGCUUCCACAGGUCUUGCGGCGGUUAAUAUUGGAGGUAUUACAAUUAACAAAUUCUCUGGUGUAGGUAUUGGCCAAGGUGAUGCUAAUAGACUUAUCAAUAUGGUCAAAAGAAACAAGACUAGUCUUAACAGAUGGAAGAGAACUAAAGUUUUGAUUGUGGAUGAAAUUUCAAUGAUUGAUGGCUACUUCCUUGAUAAACUGGAUGCAAUUGGAAGAGGUUUAUUGAAUAGAACUAAACCUUUUGGUGGUAUUCAGUUGGUCUUCACAGGUGAUUUUUUCCAGCUUCCACCUGUUCCAGAUAGAGAUUCAAAUAAGGCUGGUCCAAUCUUUUGCUUUGAGAGUAACGUAUGGAAAUAUGCUAUCCACAAAACCAUACUAUUACAACAGGUGUUCAGGCAGACUGAUAAUGAAUUGAUUGAUCUUUUGAACGGUAUUAGAAUGGGUAACACAUCUGGCGACACCAUUAAACUAAUUAAAAAAUUUGAAGCACCAGUGGAAUACGACGAUGGCAUUGAACCAACCGAACUUUACCCAACGAGACGUGAAGUGGAACUGUCCAAUAAACGUAGGUUAGAGAGGUUGCCAGGUUAUGAAAUCCUUUACAAGGCAGUAGAUUUUAUCCCUCCUAAUAUCAAUUCUAAUAUUCUUAACAACGUUAUGGCAGAAAAAGAAAUCAAACUGAAGGAGGAUGCCCAAGUAAUGAUGUUGAAAAACAUCGAUGAUACCUUAGUCAAUGGUUCCUUAGGAAGAGUCCUCUUUUUCUGUACUUCGGCAUUGUUCUUGGAAGCAUCCAAGAUAUUCCCUGAUCUAAGCGAUCCGGAAGUUGUACAAGAUAUGAGAUGCGUUUGCAGAGCCAUUGGUGUGCCACCAUCUGGUAGAUCUUCGGACUUACAACGGGAUAUCAAUCUUAGACCAACAAACAGGCAAGAAGUUCUUAACUUCGUAUUGGAUAAAGCAAGUAAAAUCGUAAAUGGGCCCGGUAUUCUAUCGACAAUCAUGUUCCCUGUUGUGAAAUUCAUAGACAAACAAGACAUCAGAGGAUACCAAAUUAAACUAGUUGAACCAGAAGAAUUCUCUGUCGGAGAAACUGAGAAGGAUUCUGCUGUCAGGAAACAAUUACCUUUAAUGCUAUGUUGGGCAAUUUCCAUCCACAAAUCCCAGGGUCAAACUAUCGAUAGACUAAAAGUAGACCUGAAACGGACCUUUGAAUCAGGUCAAGUUUAUGUGGCAUUAUCAAGAGCUGUCUCGAAGGAUAGACUACAAAUAACAAACUUUGAUCCUCAUAAAAUUAAGGUUAAUGAAAAGGUAAAGGACUUUUACCAAAACUUGCAUAAACUAAAGACAUGA